AGCCAUUUCCACCCUCCAAACCGAAAACAGAUCGCAAUCCUAGGGGCUAGGGUUACCCUCCACCCCCAUCCCCAUCGUCCGAUCCGAUCCGAUCCCUCACCGCCCCCAUCCAUGUCCCACCACGACGGAAGCAAGCCGUACCAGCCGCGCCGGGGGCCCGAGCGGCACCCGCAGCCGGCGGACGGGAUGGCCGCCCCGCCUCCCGCCGCCGUUGGCCCGUCGGUGGAGCACCUCGUGGCGGCCGCCGCCGAGGCGGAGGCGUUGAACCGCUUCGCCGUGGAACCACAGGUGCACGAGCAGGAGGUUGGGGAGGAAGAAGAGGAGGACGAGGAGGAAGACGAGAUGGAGGAGGAGGAGGACGAGCAGGAAGGCCAGCACGGUGGCAUCGGUGGGGAGCACGUUCCCAUGGACGCGGAUGCUGCUGCCGCGGCGGCUGCGGCCGCCGGCGCGCAGAUGGACCCGCACUCGGCGAUGGUGCCUGGGACCGUGCCACCCAUGGCGACCAACCAGCUCACCCUGUCGUUCCAGGGCGAGGUCUAUGUGUUCGACUCCGUCUCCCCUGAUAAGGUCCAAGCCGUGCUUUUGCUGCUUGGAGGGAGGGAGCUGAGCAGCCUGGGCGGAGCGUCAUCCUCUGCACCUUAUAGUAAGAGGUUGAAUUUUCCACAUCGGGUGGCGUCACUAAUGAGAUUUAGGGAAAAACGGAAGGAGCGGAACUUUGAUAAGAAGAUCCGGUACACUGUUCGGAAGGAAGUUGCGCUUAGGAUGCAGCGGAAUAGAGGUCAGUUUACAUCUUCAAAACCAAAGCCUGAUGAAAUAGCAGCAUCAGAAAUGGCAGCUGUAGAUGGCUCCCCGAAUUGGGCGUUAGUUGAAGGCCGACCUCCAUCUGCUGCCGAAUGUCAUCAUUGUGGUACUAAUGCAACAGCUACGCCAAUGAUGCGUCGUGGACCUGAUGGACCAAGAACACUAUGCAAUGCCUGCGGCCUCAUGUGGGCAAAUAAGGGUCUCCUGAGGGACCUAUCAAAAUCUCCUGUACCACUUCAAGUUAUGCAAUCAGCUCCACUUCUAGAUGGUGGUCAGAAUGGAAAUGUCAUGUCUGCGCCUGGCUCUGAGCUAGAGAAUGCUGCAGCUGCCAUGACCAAUGGCCACGAGUCAUCAAGUAGUGGUGUUUAAUCCAGCGAUGGGGCAAAGGCACGAGCAUCAUCCCGGAGUGAUCUCUGCGGUAGGCGGUCAGUUGUUGUACUAUAACUUUGAGUUGGAGUCUGCUUAGAUAUGGAAUCCUUUUAUUUAUCUUGCGUUCUGUAGGUUUUAAGAGCUGCGACAGUGUUUUAUCCCGUGUAAUCAUGUUUGCUGCCGUUGCGGCUAUAGCGAAUUUGUUUCUUGUCUUGAGUUGUGACCGUUAAGAACCGAUGAAGUUCGUUCCGUACGUGCAUGUAGUUAUACAUAGAUCUCAGAUGUUUUAA